GGUUCAAAACAGGGUGGAAUCACACGCUACGUCCGGUGUUUCACCACUAGGGGCAUGGCCAUGUUGAAGUCCCUGAUGCUCGUGGCAACUCAGAGGCUGGUGGCAUCUCUUUCUCCAGGUGACUGUGCCUUCGUUGGCAUCUACGGUGAGCAGGACGACUUCGCGCUGGUCCUCCUGGAGGACGCCGAGGGCGACGAGUUGUCCGUGACGGAGGAGCUGCCCCAGCGGAGCUUCGAGGUGCAGAAGGCCUAUGCGGCCAAGGAACACGUGAGGGACGCGCCGAGGGGCAGCGUCCUGAGACGUUCCGACUUCCAGGCCGAUAGUUCUGCACUUGUGGCCCCCACUGCGCUGACCGUCUUCAAGGGCAGCGAAGAGGAGCCCGUCGCCCUCUGUAGCAUCGAUCUGGGGAAGUCUGGGACCGCCAUGCGAAAGUUGGAGGAAGUGAACAUGGUGACUUUGGGCCUCACUGAGACAGCCGAGUAUUCCGGCUCCACCAGUGGUAGCAAAUCGAAGUUGAUGAAGGACAUCACCGACCCCUUGAAUUGGCACCAGGGCCGUAGCCUCGCUGGCUUCAGGAAAUUGUUCAGCAUCGCCAGUGGCAACAUGACCCACACCAUGACCACCACCAUGACCAUGACCACCACAGAAACCAUGACAGAGACCAUGACCAUGACCGAGACCAUGACCGAGACCAUCAUGAACACAGAGGCUUCGGAUGUGGUGGGCACCAGCGUCUUUUGUGGUCUGUUACUUGGAGUAGGGCACCUGCUCUAAGCGAAUGGCAACGUUAGCUUUGAACAGCAGAGCAUAGCAUAGCCAGAUGACAAUGGAUGGCAGUAGAUGGCAGAGAUGUUUCUGGAUUCAGGAACACUGGAAUUGCUAUAGGCGUUCAGCCCUCAUGAUGGUUUUUCUCCAUGUGGGCUUGUAAGCUAAACGAAUUGCUAAACGACUUUUCAACCUCGGUUUACUGCUACAAGCAGCGAACCGCACGUCACAACGACGGCGCGCUUUUUUAUGCCCCGUAAGGCGCGCCUUUUCCUCGCCGCAGCGCGAUGCAUUUUCACCAUUAACUGAGCCCUCGGGUACUGUGAUCCAUUGAAAACAUUGAAGGCUAUCAAAGAUCUCUUGUUGUGGC